ACCACUUUGGCACGUCUCCACCAUAACCACCAUACCCGCACAUCGUCCUGUUUCUGCCGACCUGUAAUCAUCAUAUUACAGUCCAGUUACCGAGAAACGGAAGCAAGUGCGAUAGACAGAAAAUGCCGUCAGCACGCACAUAUCUCAAAGCUAUCUCAGGAGGCGCCAUCCUCUGCAUAGGUGGUCCAGCGCUCGUCAUGUGGGUGACACCAACAGAAGAGGAAAUCUUCAAGCGAUAUAGCCCAGAAUUGCAGAAGAAGGCUCUGGCGGGGAGGGAGCAACGCCAGAAGGACUUUGAUGCCUUUGUUGGCCAGUUGAAGGAGGCUGCACGGUCUGAUAAACCCAUCUGGACUGCACAAAAGGAAAUCGAUGCAAAGAGGUCAGAGGAAGAACAGCAGACCCGCAGAGAUGAGCGGGACGCAUAUGCUGCUGAGGGCCGGAGAAGACAGGCCGAGAUCAGGGCCAGCACUCAAUAGCCGUACCUGGCUGAAAAUGGCAUCUCCUUCGUCACUGUACAUAUAUAUCUGUAUUACGAAUCUACACUUCCAUGCCAGGCUUCGGGGCCGUCGAGUAC